CUAACAUUUCGAUACCUUUUUUCGAAUCAUUGUUCAACCGUUAUUCUCGCGUCUAGACAUUAUAUUAUAGAGUUACAAUGAUAUUUUGUGCCAGAAAUUUUCGUAUUUAUUGAUUCUUUUAAUGGGAAAAUCGGAUGAAAUUAUUUUAUUGCGGCGAUAUUUAACGCGGGAAUACGGGUGUCAGUGACAGUGAGUGAGACAAAGAGAAAACGAGAGAGAAAGAAGGAGAGUGAGAUAGGCGAGCGCUGCAGUUACUGCUCGAUCACAGAUGGCACGAUUUUCACAAACAAUAACAGCCAGUGCGUAUUUUUGACGUUUGGCGGCCUGGCAAACACGCGCGACUUAUCACGUUACCGUUGUCAUUUGACACUCAUGGAUUUCGUGUCUCAUAAAACACUCAGCGGAUUCAGCGAACUUAGUGACGGUUCAAAAUCCGUUUCUACAAUUCCUGAUCUGAAACGUCUGAAUUCAACAUCCUCACGCACAGACUCUACGAGCGACGACACUAGUUGCCCGCUUGAUACUGCCGAUGAAAAAGACGAAGUAUCAUCUACCGUGUCGAAUUUGUCGGAUUUGUCAGGGCUUUCGGAUCUCUCGGGAGGCUCGAGUCAUCUUUGGCGUAAUACCUCGUCGUGGGUUCAGAAACAAAUGUUGACCGGCACCAAUCCUCGUGACCUGUUACAACACCUUCUCAUGGAUCCAUCACAGAUCCCUGACCAGGUUGACGACAUUUCGUUGUGGCAGCUCGUCCACAACAUAAUGUCGGAACCACCGCGCCGUCAAAAACUCCGUCACAUAAACACUCUGACGGACGUCGUCAGACUUAUAAAGAGCAGCAAAAAGAUAAUAGUUUUGACAGGCGCUGGUGUGAGCGUGAGUUGUGGAAUACCAGAUUUCCGUAGUCGAGAUGGCAUUUAUUCAAGACUUGCUCAAGAUUUUCCGGAUCUACCUGACCCGCAGGCGAUGUUCGACAUCAACUAUUUCGGCCAAGAUCCUCGUCCUUUCUUUAAAUUCGCUCGUGAAAUUUACCCGGGACAGUUCAAGCCCAGUCCCUGUCACAGGUUCAUAAAAAUGUUGGAAAAGCACAAGAAACUUUUGAGAAAUUAUUCUCAAAAUAUUGAUACCCUCGAACAAGUCGCUGGCAUUGAAAAUGUUAUUGAAUGUCACGGCUCGUUCGCUACAGCUUCCUGUACGAAAUGCAAAUAUCAGGUACGGGCUGAAGAUAUUCGAGAAGAUAUUUUUGCUCAGAGGAUUCCCAUUUGUCUAAAGUGUAGAGAGCACGCUCUACCCUCAUUGGCAAAUAUCAGUCCGAACGACAACUUCAGAGACUUGGUUUCGCAAGGAAUAAUGAAACCUGAUAUCGUAUUUUUUGGGGAAGGAUUGCCUCACGCUUUUCACGAUGCAAUGGCUCAGGACAAAGACGUUUGCGAUCUCCUCAUCGUAAUCGGCUCGUCGCUCAAAGUUCGACCCGUCGCCCUUAUACCUUCCUCAAUACCCUCACACGUUCCCCAGAUUCUCAUAAAUCGCGAAUCAUUGCCUCAUCUCAAAUUCGAUGUCGAACUGUUGGGUGAUGGUGACGUCAUAAUUAACCAGUUGUGUCACUUAAUGGGGAGUGACUUCGAAGAAGUUUGUUGGAGGACCGAUUUGUUGAAAGAAGCACCACAGUUGACAGCGCCGUCGAUAUUUCCGGUGAACGAUCCUUGGGGCCGUGCGCAGGAUGCCGAAACGAUUCACGAAUUGUCGCAAGACAGCGAGGCAAUCGUCGAUUUGAAGCCGCAGCAUAAUACGUCAUCCGAGAGUCAAGACAGUUUAACGAUAAACGCAAAUACGACGCCGAGACGUCUGGAAAAUACGGAAAUUUGUAUAUCACCGUUUCACGCUGGUCACAUGGAAAAUACGGAGGGUAGUUUUGCGUUGUUGGGCGAAAGUCCGAAGAGGCGACUCGGAGAUUCAAGCUCGGAAAGCAGUCCGAAGAGGAUACAUUUAGGGUCCACGAGGAAGGACGAAACGGCCGUUCGUUGUACGGAAUCAACGACGAUUCCGUCUGUUCCCGAGGACGACAAAAAAUUCGCUGUUGGGCGGUACAAUCGCGUCAUAUCAGUCGAAUCGACGUCUGAGAACAACGGACAAAUAUUUAAUCUCGAAGAGUGUCACGUCGUUCCAAGGAUAGUGGAGAACUCGAAUGAAAAUCCUUCAAACAAUUCCUCCAGCGAAACAAACGCCGUUAAUAUCGAUCAAAUGAUCGACCCGAGGAGAGACAUCGAUAUAAUUCCCGAUGAAGAUCUACUUGAUCUCGAAAAAUUGUCCACCAAAGCUAGACACGCUUCGAUCGAUUCUGCCAUCGAUUCCGGUAUCGGUGAUAGUUGCAACAGCGUCGACAGCACCGAAGCUAAUAAUCUUGUUGUUGACAACAAUGAGACCAAAAUCGACCAACUCGAGAGACGAUGCUGGCAACCCAAAAUCAAGGAAAGCCUGGCAGCACUUUUACCCGAAAACUCUUACUAUCAAAUAUCCCCGGGAAAAUACAUAUUCCCUGGUGCGGAAGUGUACUUCGAGCCGGAAGAGUACGACCUUAGUUCAUUGUCAGCGAAUUCAGAAAGUUCGAGCAGUGAAAGCGAUUCCUCAUCUUCAUCCUCGGGCGAAGAGGAAACUUGUGCGGAAAACGAUUUUUCGGAGGGAAUAGAAAUCGAAAAUGAAUCGGACAUGGAUACGAAACAGCGCGGAAAUAGAGUCGAGCUUUACGAGUAUCUGAAGAAAUUUCUCUAAGAUAUUUCGCCGCUGUGCAAUCGGUAAAAAAGCACAUUUACACAUAAUCAAGUGAAAAAAAACACGGGCGACUUACAGUCGCAUGGAAAAUUUCGGGCUUACGUAAUCGUGCAAUUUAGCGCGAACGGCAAUAAUCCCGAGGAGAGUUUUCUGUUUCGUUUGUUGUUUUUUUUUAAUUUCUUGAUCGUAUAUCGCUUUUCAGUCUUGAUCGAAACUUGUCAUGUGCAACUUCACAAAGUUCGAUUCGCGAGAAGUAAACUGUACGAAACUUGAGUUCAGUAGUCAAGGAACAAAGUCAGAAAAGUUUUGGAAAGAAGGAGAGAGACAACUUGAACCUGGAGUGAUUUCUGAACAAACCGAUGAUUAAGUAAUUGACGCUCAAUUCAGUCUUCCACCGAAACCUACGGUCAUCGGAUUUUAGAUCGAUACUUCGAUGGAAACGUUUCUCUCACAGUUAUCGAGUAUUUUUUCGUUCGAAAUACUGCUCCAAAAACUUCAUCUCUCUUUCUUUCUUUUUCCUCUCGUUUUCUCUCAAGAACGAGCGAACUAAAAACUUUCGUGUCUCCUCGCAGGAUCGUGUAUUUCGGCUUUUCCCCCCUUCGUUGUUGUUUAUUUAUCCCUAUUUGUAAAUAAUAGAUUUGCUGACAGGUCUUUUAUUUGUUAACUGAUAAGCACGUAUUAAAUAUUAGUAAGAAAAAGAGAGGAGAGGAGGCAAGAUGGGGGAUGGGAACGGCGGGAUCUAAUCGAAAAAAGUAGGGACCCUUUUUCAAUUUCCUCUUUAGAUAAAUUAUUUGUAAAUAAUAUGAUGAAAACACGUAUAUCUGGCGAAAACCGAUUCGAACGUAUUCCCUUUUUUUGUCAUUUUUAUUCGCAACGUUUACUGCAACGUUAACAAGACAGCGGAAUCUCCCGAGAUCGUGAGGAUUCCUUGUCAAAUUUAUAGUAACAAUAUUUCAAAUUAAAAUCCUCAUAAUAAUCAACGAUACUAAACUACUGCGAAAAAGCAAAAUCAGGUAAUAAUGAGGAGUCAUAAUUAUGCGAGCGCAAAUUAAUUCCUAAUUCAACGUUCCUCCGCUCAAACUAAUUAGAACGAAUGAAAAGUGCGGUGGUGACUAAAAACCUGAAAAACUUCAAUGAGUAUCAUCAAAUGUUUGAGCUUUAGAUGUGUCAUUUCGCUCGGAAAUAAGAAUCAGAAAAAAAAAUCAACGAUUUAAAGGCACGAAUUUAUCGAGAUAUGCUGCUUGCCCUGGCAAAGGUCGUUACAACCAACGAAAAAUCGUCUGCCUCUCCCCUCUUUUUUUCAAACUUCGAUAAGGUUUGGAAAAGAGAAAUAUGAAUCGUAACGCGUAAUUUAGUAAAUAUAUAUAUACAUAUACGUAUGUCUGAACACAUGUAUGUAUUUACUAUUAUAACUAUUAUUAUAUGUAUAGAAAGGAAGAGGCGAUGAAAUUGGACAAAAAUGAUUUUUUGCCCACGUUAAACGCGAUCUCAGUUAUGUGUAUAUUAACCGUAGAGUGUACCGAAGGGGACUCGUGAUGCUCCCACGGAAUUUUCACAUAUUACUAUCGUUAUGUAAUAAUCAAUCCUCGGUAGUUUCUCUCCAUUCUAUCUCUAUUAUGAUUAUCUUUUGUUUUGUUUUUUUUUUAUAUAUACAUCUGUAACUAUCAUUCUCUGGAACAAGAGGGGAAAGUGGUAGUUAGUUUCGGGCAAUUUUGGUAGAUUUUUCUUCUUAAAAGUAGUUGAAUCUUCUAAGCGAUAAUAUAUAAAUAUAUGACAUACAUAUUAUAUUACAUACAUACAUAUAUCAUUUUUUUCUCUUUUUUAUGUAAACAAGCACGUAAACACAGUGGUUAGGUUUGGAUAUGGUUUGGCAAUGAUCAAAUAAUUCAUUAAUUUGAUUGUUUGUUUUCAUUGGAGCACAGGCGAAUGUACAAAGCAAUGCUGGAUAGCUUCGCAUUGCGUGUUUAUUUUUAUAACGACGAUGGUAAUGAUGAUAAUGAUGAUGACGAUGAUGAUGAAGAUGAUGAUGAUGAUGAUGUCGAAGAC